AUGAAUGCUCCAGACAGAUUCGAACUGUUCCUUCUGGGUGAAGGGGAAUCCAAGCUAAAGAUUGACCCCGACACCAAAGCCCCCAACGCAGUAGUGAUAACGUUUGAGAAGGAGGACCACACGUUGGGAAACCUGAUUCGUGCAGAACUUCUGAACGACAGAAAAGUGCUGUUUGCCGCUUACAAGGUUGAGCAUCCCUUCUUCGCUCGUUUCAAGCUGAGAAUACAGACCACCGAGGGCUACGACCCGAAGGAUGCCUUGAAAAACGCCUGUAACAGCAUCAUUAACAAGCUUGGCGCCCUGAAGACAAAUUUCGAAACCGAGUGGAACCUGCAAACUCUAGCCGCCGACGACGCAUUUUGA